ACAAAAAAAUCUGAUUAUUUUUACGACCCUGAAUACUAGAUGCUACUGUAUAUAUUUAUUAUCCAAAACAAUAUUAAUUACCUGUCAGCAGUUUCUCACAAUAUGAUAUUAAUCCCUGCACUUGAUUACUGAUUGAUACACUUUGAUGUCCCACUAAAUGUUCAUUUUGUCUGAUAUAAAUACCCAUGACUUUGUCUGGUGUUUACGUGCAGAACCAUGUGAUUAUUCUGUACGUUUAAAAAAAAAUGGUACACAGUAUAAGGAUGCCCAUUAACAGAACAUACAUAUAUCAUACUCCCGUCACACUCCCGUCCUCCAUAACCUCCACUGGCUCCCCGUCCCACAACGCAUCCACUUCCAGAUCCUCCUCAUCACCCACAAAGCCCUCAACAACCAGAUCCUCCUCCUACCUCACAGACCUGCUGCACUGCAGCGCCACACCCCUUCACGCUGCCUCCACUCAUCAGAAGCCAACCUCCUUUCCAUCCCCACCCGCACCGAACCUGGGGGGACAGAGCCUUAUCCGUCGCUGCCCCCCUCCCUCUGGAACUCACUCCCCCAACCCAUCAGAGACUGCACUGACCUCACCGCCUUCAAGAAACUUCAAACUGGCUUUUAAUGUGUGAUUUUUGAUACUUUGCUCGAUUUUAAUCUGACUUUAUUUAUUGUUGUCUUUUUUUAUGUACCUCUGUAAAGCAAGCACCUGAAAAAGCGCUUAUAAAAUACAUGUAUUAUUAUUAUAGUUACUAUUCAUAGCUCAGUUUAUCAUGUUAUAUGGACAUUACCUACAGUGUUAUUUUCUAUUUUAUAGACUCCAAACUAAACUACAUAACAAUUAUAUGAAGUAUAACUCUAUGAACACUAUGUACAUUAAUUCAAGUCCCCUUUGACACAUUUCCAUCUGAUAUUUUAUUGGCAACACACUCACUAAAUCCUCCCAGUAGGCAUGUUGGGACCCGACUAGAACUGGGGUCCCUGAGGGCCUCAACUCUGCAUACUCACUGAAACCCAAGAAUACCCUUGAACAGGAUAAAAGCCACUGGUGGAAAGCCACCCUCCAGAAACUGCAAGGAGAAUAUCCAAGAUACUACAGGUUUCUAAAUCGAGGACAUGGAGCUGAAGGUGAUGUGUCUUCUGACCCUCCUGGAACUCUUGUUUGUGGAGCCAGGGUUUGGACAGAGAGGCGACAUUGAUAUCAUUGAGUUGAUGAAGGAUAAACUGGAACUUAUCAAGAAAUUGGAUGAAAAACUUAAAGGGGUAGAAGGACGGCAGAAUGAUUUUGAAGCUCUGGAGGCCAAGCUCAACGCGACUGUGGACGAGGUGACGAGACAGAAGGCUGAAGUGGACAAACUGAAGAAAGAGAAUGAAGGCUUGCAAAUGAGACUGAAUGCCACAGACGAGGAGAUUGAUAAGCUAAAACAGAACAGUGCUAAAGGUGGCCCUCAGAUCGCAUUCUCUGCCUCUUUGUCAAACUUUGGAGAGAUUUACAAAGGACCCUGCACCGACAAGGCCCUGAUUUUCAAAAGGGUCUUCUCAAACACUGGCAAUGGUUAUGACCCAAAUACAGGAAUCUUCACAGCACCAGUGAAUGGUCUCUACUUCUUAAGCUUCAGUACCUAUGGCUACAACACACAUGUAAUGGGGGCCAUAUUGAUGAAGAAUGGCGUGAGUCAAAUUUCAACCUACGAGUACCCUUCAUCCGACGGCUCGGACAGUGGCAGUAAUGCUGUUGUGCUGCAGUUGGCUGCUGGUGACAAGGUGUACAUGGAGCUGUGGGAUAACGGCAGAGUGUUCGACAACAUGAACGGACACACAACCUUCAGUGGAUUUCUUCUCUUCCCUGUGUAAAGGAUAAGAAACAAAGCAUUGUGUCGUGGUUUUAAACUGAAGAGAUGCAAAGCAUAGGGCAGACAAUCUUUGAGUGAAAAAAACCCACAAAAAUACCUGCACGUUUGUAAUCUUCAAGAACAUUUUAUUGAAACUGUUAAUAAACUUACUU